AGAGCUUGCGAGCUCGCGAGGAAGAACGAGAGGAGGCAGGGACGAAGGUGAGCUCGGCGCAAUGGCUAUGGCAGGGGCGAGCACAGCGACCAGUGUUGCCUCGGCUCACCUGUGUGGUCUUCGGUGCCCUUCGAUUUUGUCUCGACAUCAACCCCACGCCGUCGCUGCUUCUGUUGCGCUCACCCACAUCUCAACUUUUAUCACGUCGUCGUCCUCGGCUCCCAAGUUUUCGCCGCUGAAUUGCUCUGCCUCUUCUUCGCGCGUUCUGUCCCGUCAUUGUGGAGGAGCGCAAUUCAAGAGUGGGGAGCUCGCUGGUAAAUUUUCAUGGAGGAGUUUCGGUGUGACGGAUGGGACUGGUGUGAAGUUUGCUGGAUUCGGAGCUGGAAACGCAGGGUUUGGAAGCAGGGUUUUGUGGGGACAGAAAUUCUCCGUCAAUGCGACGUUAGCUGAGACGGAAAUCAGCAAAGAGCAGAAGAAUUCUUCCGGAGAUGGGGACAAGAGUCAGUUUGCCCUGUCUGUGCCUGCGUUUCAGAAAAGAUUGCGAAUUGCCGAUAUUAAAGGAGGUCCAGAUGAAGGUUUAGGACGUGUAGGAGAGAAGAUGGUCGUCCGCGGUUGGGUUCGCACCUGUCGCGUGCAGAAGACAUUCUCAUUUAUAGAGGUGAAUGACGGCUCCACCCUCUCCAAUCUUCAAGCAGUCGUGCAAAGUGACGUCGAGGGGUAUGACACGAUAGAAUCUGGCCUGGUAACAACAGGAGCAUCAGUGGCCCUUGAAGGAGAACUCAUCGAAAGUCAGGGCUCGAAACAGAAAGUGGAGCUGAAAGCCACGAAAGUGACACUGAUUGGUGGGAGUGAUGCAACCACUUUCCCUGUCCAAAAGAAGAAGUUGACUCGUGAGUAUCUAAGGACGAUAGCGCAUAUGCGGCCUCGAACGAACACUUUUGGUGCCGUUGCCAGAGUCAGAAAUGCCUUGGCGUAUGCAACCCAUCAAUUUUUUCAGGAGAAGGGCUUCGUAUGGGUAGCCAGUCCGAUCAUCACAGCAUCUGACUGCGAAGGCGCAGGGGAACAAUUUUGUGUGACAACUCUGAUUCCCAACUCUCACCUGGAUCCAAAGACCAAAGUGUCUGACAUCCCUGCCACCAAGGACGGUGUGCUGGAUUGGUCACAGGACUUUUUUGGAAAACCUGCCUUUCUGACUGUCUCAGGACAAUUGAAUGCUGAAAUAUACGCAACGUCAUUAUGCGACGUAUAUACAUUCGGGCCGACGUUCAGAGCUGAAAAUUCUAAUACUAGUAGACAUCUUGCUGAGUUCUGGAUGAUCGAACCAGAGCUUGCUUUUUCGGAUUUAAAGGACGACAUGGCUUGCGCCACUGCUUUCCUGAAAUAUGUCGUCAAACAUAUUCUUGAAAACUGCAAAGAGGACAUGGAUUUCUUUGACAAAUGGGUAGAGAAAGGAAUCAUAGCUAGGCUUCAGGCUGUCGCGGAGAAGGAUUUUAUUCACAUAACGUAUACAGAUGCUGUUGACCUUUUAACCAAAACUAAGAAGAAAUUCGAAUUCCCUGUCAAGUGGGGAUGUGACCUGCAAAGCGAGCACGAACGCUACUUAACGGAGGAAGCUUUCAAAGGGAGCCCUGUAAUUGUGACUGACUAUCCUAAGGACAUAAAAGCAUUCUACAUGAGGGAGAACGAGGAUGGGAAAACUGUGGCUGCCAUGGAUGUCCUUGUCCCACGGGUGGGUGAGCUCAUUGGCGGAAGCCAGCGUGAAGAAAGACUAGAUAAAUUAGAAGCACGCAUUGAGGAGUUAGGGUUGAGCAAGGAGAGCUAUUGGUGGUAUCUCGAUCUUCGACGUUAUGGAACAGUUCCUCACGCAGGUUUCGGACUUGGAUUCGAGAGGCUUGUACAGUUCGCGACUGGUAUCGAGAACAUUAGGGACGUGAUUCCAUUCCCUAGGACUCCUGGAUCGGCUGAAUUUUAGCUUAGUUAUAAUUUAGGUUUCCGAAGUUGUGUUUAUAAUUCUUUUUCUAUUGCGAAAUCAUCAUCAUUUCGUCGCUGCUCUGGCCAUUGGUCGAAAUUUCUUGAUUUUCGAGUAUCAUUGUUCGAUUUUCUGCUGUACCCAGUCGUGCAAGAUACAGUUGUGUUUCGUCGAGUUACACCCGACCCGAAGGGCAGGGAUGCAAUUAUGCCGCUGUAUGCUGGGUUGACCGAUACAUAGUCCAUUAAAGUAACGACCAAGCGGAACCAACCAAUGAAUUUAUGUUUCUUACGGGUCCAUGGCAAACCACGUUUUAAACGGGAACACAUGUGGAGCAAUGUUUCAUCCUGAACUGGGAACUCUGGUGGCUGGCAAUCUGGAGUAACGAUGAUAGUAACCAGUCUGAAUUGAUGAAGUAUCGGUUCACUGUUCAGGAAGGGCACCAGUGGUUGGACUCUUACUGUCGGUGUCGCGAGUCUUCUUGUGUUUUAUGGGUUCCGCUUAACGCAAAGAGUCGGAAACCAGGGAUUGAAGGUCGGAUCGGAAGAAGAAAGUUGUGAGAAGGUAUGAAGGGAAACACUUAUAUUUCUUUCAUGUCACGUGAAGGGUUGACGAUACUGGGCACCACUAGAAGCGGCGAGAGUCAGGUAGGAAUAUAGACUAGAAGUACGACAUCUUAACGGGGUAAUCCUAAACUUGGUUAAAUUAUUGUAAAUCGUACG